GGCGGGACAAGGGGAGGGGCGGGGACGUGCUCGCCAGCCUGGUGCGAAUGGCCUCCCGCAGCUCUGGGCUGCCGGCUGCUUCUGCUUCCCGCUCGCCCCGGCAAGCUCUCCGCCUCAGACGUGAGCCGAGCCCACCCCGUGCCGCCACUGGGCAGGUAGGUGGGGGCUCCAGUUCCAAAGGCAAGCGCGCAGAUUGGAUCCGGAGCGUCCUUAAAAUUGGGGAAGGGAUGCACCCCUAGCUUUUGGGCCGAGCAGGACCUGCUGCUUUCCAGCUUCGCUAUAGGCAAGUUUUCCUUAAUCGUUCGCCUGCAGCAGGGACUCGCUAGGCCGAUGACAGCCAGGAGGACGAUCCUCCUCCAGAAGACAGAGCGGUCAGGUCAACGUCGCGGGCAGGAAUACUUUGUCCACGCUCCGUUCUCUGAAAGUUGAGCGCCAGUUCUCCACUCCAGACGCUCCAAAGGUGGAACAGACCCGAGUCUGGAAGUGAGUGGAGGAAGAGAGGCACCGGGAACCCGUGACCUUCAGAAAUCCUUCUCUCACUUUCUACGCGUGCAGUCCAAAACACGCUUCAAGGUGUUCUAGUGGCAGCUCCUCCCCGCCCCUGGCCCUCCCCCGCUGCGGGCAGGUUCAGCUCCCGAGCCGCCCCGGGCCCUCAUCCUCCUCCCACUGCGUCCAGGGCAGCAGCAGCUAAAAGCUGGUGGUUUCGGAGUGGACCUGCGUUCACUUCUGGAGCUUGGGUCGACUGGCGACCCGGUCAGCCAGCCCCUGUGGGCACUGGGCACUCUUUCAACUGCACAAGAUGUUUUGAGAGAAUUCUUGAGCCGGGUGUCCGCGGCAGGACAAGUCCGGUGUCCGGAUGGUGGCAUGGAGUCUCCCGAGACGCAGCUGCAAAGUUCGGAGGCGCCAAAACCUGGGCCCUUUGCAGAAUCCCCGCCCGCCGAGGGGCCGCCUCCUGCGGAGGGGCGGUCGUCCCCGGAGGUUCUCUGCGUGGAGGGUGGCACUUCGGAAGGCUCGAGCCCUGAAGUUCAGUUCGAAGACAGGCCCCUGUCACCGGAGGAAGAGGCAGCUCUUCCAGAGCAGGAGCCGCUGCAAUGCCGCCGACCUCGCGCGCGCUCCUUCUCUUUGCCCGCAGACCCCAUUCUGCAGGCGGCCAAGUUCCUGCAGCAGCGUCAGCAGCAGCAGCAGCAGGCCCUUGGGCUGGGCGUGGAGAGCGAUGAGCGAGUCGAGGACGCCCUGCUUAGCCCCAGCGACUGCUGCAAGAAGCGGGUGCAGUUCGCCGACUCACUGGGGCUGAACCUGGCCAGCGUGAAGCACUUCAGCGAGGCAGAGGAACCACAGGUGCCUCCCGCCGUGCUCUCGCGCCUCCGCAGCUUCCCCAUGCGUACCGAGGAUCUGGAGCAGCUCGGGGGCCUGCUGGCGGUUACGAGGUCGCCCUCCUCCCUCCCGGCGCCGCCUCCCCGACUCCGGCCCCUCUUCCAGCUCCCGGGACACAGCGUGGCUGCAGAGCGCCUGCGGCAGCAGCGCGUGUGCCUGGAGUGCGUGCAGUGCUCGGCUCCCUCGGGCACCGAGGUGACGGGCUCUGGUCGGGUGCUGGGCUGCUCCGGGCCCAGGGCUGUGACAGUGCGCUACACCUUUACAGAGUGGCGCACAUUCCUGGACGUGCCAGCGGAGCUGCAGCCAACAGAAGCGCCGUCAGGGGCCUCUGAACCAGGGUCUGGGGAUGUUGAGGAGCCAGGCGCAGAGCGCUUCCACUUCUCGCUGUAUUUACCCCCGGGCCUGCAGCCCAAGGAAGGGGAGGAUGUCUCCGUCCACUUUGCAGUCUGCUACCGCUGCGAGCAGGGCGAGUAUUGGGACAACAACGCGGGGGCUAACUACACACUGCGCUACGUGCGCUCGGCGACCGCUUCUGGGGACCGAGGGAAGGACUGACCAGCACUACCGAGCUCAGGCAGCUGCUCCCGAGGGACUUGCUGGUACGCUGUGAUGAGCGUUGUCCAUCUAGAAUGAGCACGGCGUGGAUCGAAAGGAGGGAACCGUUAAAUCGUAAACUGGAGUCCCAGGCAGAUUCAGGACUGAGCACUGUAAGACUGGGCAAUGCUCCGAGCUUCUCUGGUCUCAAUUUUCUUGUUGCUUGCACCUUCCUAGAUGGACUUUAGAAUUCCCAGCCUGCUUCAGAAUGGGAAGAAAUCCCCAAGUCCCGGAGCAGAAACUCCAAGAAAAAGGCUCUCAAGUCCUGAUCGCGACUCUAUAACUGUGACUCUACGACUUGUUUUUAACAAGAAAUGUCGUAUUCGCCCUUGUAACUCGAUGGAGACCAGAAGGAAAAGGACAGAGCGCCCUACCACCGCGCACCAUGGGAAGGUCCCACAAGGAACCUAAAUACCCAGUCUGUUUCUCAGAGAAAACUGGGUAGGGACUGGGUCAGACUGUCCUUUACUUUUAAAUAGCAUCUGGGAAAUGAUUGCCCAGACUUGUGCGGGUGCCUACAAAUGUUCUUUUAAGAGGUGAAGGUCACUUGCACACCCUUUUAGGCUGUACUUCACAUUUUAGCUCCUGAGUGUUUUGGGAGGCCUUGGCAGUCGGGAGACUUUACUCAGCUGAGGACAUGCGCACUUUAACAAUUGUUAAACAGUAUUCACAAACUUCCCUCUCUGGUGUAGAAGGACCCAGCUUCCCCAAUUGUGCAGAAAUGCUCUUUGAAAUGUUUUGUAGAAAGCAUUCUAUCCCCCUGCCAUAAUAAGAUGUUUGUUGAAUUAAAAUGCCAGAGUAAUACAGUAGGCCCGAGCUGUGAGCUUGUCCCAACCUCCUUUGUACAGACAAAGCACGUUCAGCGGGUGCCAUUAGCAGUCAGAGAAGCUGGGCUCUUAGGGGCUGGACUCCAAGUGCAGAGGGUGGGGGGUGGCUCUUUGUCCCUCUCAGAGCCACACGGUGGAGUGGUGACUUAAUGGACCAAGAAGCAUGUCCUGCACGCAAAUGCUGCUCAGAACCAGAUGGGCACUCUGCACUGCACAGGGUCACUUCCCUCCCUGGCUGCAGAUGCCAGGGUGAUUUGGCCCUGUAUGAGCCAGCAGGUGGGCGUCCUGGGGGAGGACCUAAUUCCUUCAGACCUUGGUAUUCCCGUUUUGGUAAUUUAGACUUUAAAAAAGUUUUCCAGCACAAGGCUAGCAUAAUCAAUUAGUUUUGGAAUGGUACUGUUUAAGAAGGGAGGUUUUUGUUUAGAACAGGGCCAUUGGUCACAUUUGGCCCAAAGUCUGUUGUUUUUACAUUUUUAAAUAGUGGAAAAAUUCAAGAGAAGAAUACUAUUUUGCCAUGCAUGAGAAUUAUGUGAAAUUUAAACGUGCACACCUAGAAAUAAAGUUUUAUUGGAACACGG